AUGUCUUUGUCUGGAUCUGAGAAGCUGGGGGAUUCUGUUCUUGGGUGCCACUUCGGUAACAAGGCGGAGCAUACACCAAUUAAGAAGAGAAGGUUUUUAUUUAGGUCUCCAUCUCCACCACUCAGAAUCCCUUCUUCAUGCUCUGAGGAAACUGAAAGACUGCCCAAGAGUCAACAUGCUUCUGGUCAGGGGUUUCUUAUGAGUCCAAUUUCAAAUUGCCAAUCUGCAGCAUCUGCUUCUGCAGUUGACUUAGGUCAAAUUGUUGCUAGUGAUCAGACUGUUGAUGGGAAAAAGUCAGUUAAGGGAAAUGAAUUAAUUGGUGAUGAAGCCCUUUCUGGGAUAUCAAUACUUGCUGCUUUAGCCUGCAGUAACAACUUGGAAGACAUUGAGGAUGGUUCAGGAGCUGAGUCUUCUGAGCGGGAGGGCCCUGGUGAAAUUCUGAUGAAAGAUGAAGCUAAAGAAGACCUUGUGGGUUCUGUCAAGCUAUCUGCUGAAGGAAAUGGUUCCUUUAUCUCUCCAGAAGGUGCUGACACCUUGGGAAUGGAUAGUUACUCCCCAAAUGGUUUUCCACUUGAAAACAUCUCAGAGAGGACUUCCUUGCCGAAUAAUUCAGUGGCUGGAUCAGAUGGUCUUUCAAACAAGAAAGACCAGGGAACAAUUAGAACGCAUGAAUCUUGUGCACGAGGUAACAGGUUGCACUGGGACCUAAAUACAUUGAUGGAUGAAUGGGAGAGCCCUUUUGAGUGUCAUCAUUUAUCUUCAGCGCCUAAUGUUGCAGAUUGCCAGCCUGACUGCGUCGAUGAUGGGAGCCAUAGUGAUGAGAAAGAGAACCUGGAAGGUAAUGACAGAUAUGGUUCAGCCAGGAAUGUAAAAUUUAGCACCCAGACUUGUGAAACUUCCUCUUGUCAACAUCUUGUUUGUGUGGAUUCAUCUUUGGACUAUUCUGUGGCCCCCAAAGCUGAUAGGUUUACUUGCACAUCUGUAUCUAAGGAAAAUUGUAAUGCUGCAUCCACUGGUUUUGAUUUUGUGAAGAUAGGACAUGACCGAGUUGCUGAUAUACGAACAUGUGGGACUGUUUCAUCUAUUUAUCAGGUUGAGAAGCAGAAUGCUUCUGUUUUCAGUGUAGUUUUUUCAGACAAGGCUACCAGUGAGAUUGAUAAUAAUCAAAAUAAACAUGGUGGGGAUGCAAACCAAAAUUCUGGUUUGUGUGAUGAUGGGAAUGCCUUGAAGGAUAUGUCUGGUUUGGAGACUGGACACUCACUGAGAAAUGAGCCUCUGGAUGAUUUUAAAGAGAAUACUGGCUUUGAGCUAGAUGAAGGGAGAUUCUCGCAUUCUCAUACAAAUGUAGAGGUGUCUACCUCAGUGCCGCCAUUUCUUGGCAGUCAGCCUGUGGUAGAAGCAAGAAACAAGGUGCAACAUAGUAAAGCUUCUUCAGAUCAUGAUAAUGCUGAUUCUGAUAUGCUAAUGCAUGUUGAUGAUGAGAAACUUCCAGCAAAUACAUCUUUAGGAAAGUCUGUUUUGCCACCUUGUACUCUUAGCUCACAUGAUAUGCGUAGAAGCGGUUCUAAUGAUCUUGUAAGUAAUUCAGAUAAUGUGAUUCUUAAGGGCCAUUUGAAUGAUGGUUGUGUUUUUGAUGUUUCUCAAGGCGAUCCUCACUUCGAUAAAGAAAAUGAGCUAGAGCUGGAUUAUGAUUCUCAGUAUGAAGAUGGGGAACUCAGGGAUUCAGACAUAUUUACUUGGGAAGAAUAUGAUGGUGAGGAUGGAGAGACUGAACGUCUGGACUAUGGUUCAAACGACAGUGACUAUAAUAAUUGGGGUUCUGAAAAAGCACAAGCAAGUAAUGUUCAAUUUUCUCCAGGACGCUCCUCAAGGAAGACUAGCAGACCAGACUUGAGAGUGCAGAUGCCAGAGAAAGUUGACAGCAAUAACAAAGAAUCUGGUUCAGGAACUAAAGGUGGGAUUAGACAUAAUGAGAAUAAUGAUAGACGAGACAAAUUAAAGGAAUCAAGUGAAACAGCUGAAUUGAAAGUGAAAAUGUCUGGAGGGGAUCCAAUGCCUGAAAGCCGUAAAUGCUCUAGAGAUGCAAAGAUCUGGCUAAGAGGUGAAAGCAUCCUGAAGUCAUCUUCAGCUCGUAAUCCAAAAAGUGGAUUGAGAGCUGAAGAUAGAGAAACAACAGCGGAUGGGUCAAGAGCUCACAGGAGGUAUUUGUCAUCCUUUGUUGAAAGAACUGCAUCCUGCAGUGUACUUAGGAGGGGAAGAUUACCUAUGCAGGGAAGCUGUCCCAAAGACGCCGAAUAUUCAAAUCCUCGGUCUGAGAGGGAGUGUUGCACUCCUAAUCCCUUUUUAAGGGGCAGAUACUCUAUGCAAAGUCACGCCAAGGGUCGGGGAGGUUAUAGGUGGGCUGACUCUUUAGAGGGUUAUAGGGGUUCAAAAUACCAUCAUUCUCCUACUUAUCGUGGCGCUACUGGUUUUCAUCGCUCCAGGCCAGAAGAUAUUGCAUUUGAUGGUACCAAUACAAAAGAGAGAGGUGCAUCGCAUAAUUUUCAUCGACCUCUCAGAAGUCGAUUGCCAGCUGAUCGGGAAGAGGCUUUUCGUAUGCGUCUGGGCUUUAGACCAACUCGAGAGAGGAGUCCCGAUAGGUGUUUGACUCCUGGGCGGGGAAUGUCCGUAAAGUAUGGUGCACAAAUGGAUGGAGCCCCUAGAAGAAGAUUCUAUGGUAGUGCAAAUGAUUGCAUUGAAACUUCCUUGUAUUAUUCACAUUCUUCUUUGGGUAGGAGACGAAGAAGCUUUUCUCCUUUUGGAAAAAAAGAAAUUUUUCAUGCACGGAGAUCCAACUCCAAAUCUCCCUCAAGAUCCAGAACUCGCUCUCCCAUUUCCUUGAAAUCUCCAGGAGGAAGAAGUGGAGAUGGUUUUGCUGGUAGUCUUGGUUUUAAAAACCGAAGUAGAUCUAAUUGCAGAGCUGAUGCACGAAUGCCAAGGGUGAGGUCGCCUCAUCAUAAAUCUGGUUUUGUGACAGAUCAUGUUGCAAGUUUUGUCUCAUUGCCAAGAAACCAUGGUUCUCCACCUCCUAAUUCCAGAUGGAGUGGUUACAAGCGUCGUUCUUCAGUUUUAGACAGGAGGUCACCUGGAAGAAUUGGUCCACGGGACAACCGGUUUGAUUUGUUGGAUCCAUUGCUAAAACCAAAGUCAAACGAGUAUUCUAAAUCUGUGUAUCCGAGAAGAUUUUCUGAAUUUAAUGGACUUGGAAGAGGUAGACCUCAGUAUGAGCACGAGGGGAAUGAUGAUGAUAAACAUGAGUAUAGGUAUGGGUUCAUUCAUCCUGCAAGGCGUCAUGACAUGGACCGAUCUGUGAAGCAGUUCUGUGAUGAUGAUGAAGAUGGUUGUAAUAUGGCACACGUCUCUUGUAAUAUGGAUGCUACAGAUUUCCAGAUGAGAGAAAGUGAUAAGGCUGACAGUAUGAGAAGUGAGAGUCGGAUGUGUGAUCUUCCAAAGCGGUCUAGAGAAGAGAGAGGCCCCGCCAUCAUUGACUGUGGAGAUGGGAGAUAUAAUGCUAACUCAAAGACAUUCGGAACCCAGGAAGGUGAUGAAGAUGAAGCCAGUAGGAGAGGGCCUUCCUGAGCUUCAUACGCAGUGCCAUUUUUGUUUACAUUGGGUGGUUUGAAAAUGGUGGGCCGGGUGAAUUGUUUUCGUUUUCAGCAGGAAAGCAUUUGGAUCUUGCAGUUGUCCUUUCUUCCAGCGGUUUUGGUUAAAUUUUAAUGUCGCUACUGCGAUGUCUUUUUAA